AUCCAGCUCAGAAUAUCGGCUACGGGCUACGGGAUACGGGAUACGGGAUACGGGAUACGGGAUACGGAAUUCCAAAAAAGAAAGUAACAGCCAGUUGGCACCAAUGAUGUCGUCCAGCUCAUCGGGAAAGCCACCCAGGGUGCUCGCUUGUGUAUUAUGUCAGAAUAGAAAGAUCAAAUGUGAUCGCAAAACACCUUGUUCCAAUUGUCUCAAGGCCAACGUCACAUGCACACCAAGCACGCCCGCGCCCGCUCGUAAGAGGAGAAGGCCCAAUCAAGACUUACAACAAAGGCUUGCGCGGUGCGAGGAACUAUUAUCAGAGUAUGCUACGGCGAAACCACCCGCUUCGUCUUCGGAGUCCCCAAGCCAAGAGGAGCCUUGGAGGACCCCCGGGAAGUUGAUACUUGACGAUGGCAAUAUCAAAUUUUUGGAUAGUUACUUAUGGGUCACUAUUCACGGUGAGCUCGCAGCGAUGCGCGAAAUCAUCGAGGAUGAAGAGAUGAUAGAUGACCCUUGCACUCCUGCCGAUUCUCAAGUUUCCGAUCUGAACGCAGGCUUGGUACUAACUGACACCUCCACUACCAACUUGGAAGAACUACAUCCCCAGCCAGCCCAUGUCUUUCGCUUGUGGCAGAUAUUCCUCGAAAGAGUCAACCCCUUAACCAAAGUAAUACACGUGCCCUCAGUUCAGCCCAUGCUCGUUGAAGCAGCGUCAAGCAGAGCAAACAUACCCAGAAACAUCGAGGCUCUUUUAUUUUCUAUCUACUUGUUGGCUGCAGUAGCCUUGACCGAGGAGGAGUGCAUAGAGCGAUUUGGAUACACCAAGGAUGAGGCAUAUGGUCGCUUUUCCAAAGGUUGUCGCUCGGCUUUGAUGCGCAUCGGCAUUCUAAAAAACUAUGACCUAGUUGUCCUACAGGCCAUGGUGCUAUUCUUGUUCUCUCUCCCUGGCCGAUAUGACCGGCAUGCCGCGUGGAUCCUGAAUGGCGUGACCGUGAGAGUUGCGCAGAAGAUGGGGCUUCAUAGGGAUGGUGAUUAUCUUGGGCUUCCGCCUUUCGAGACUGAAAUGCGGCGACGCAUCUGGUGGCGGAUUAUUCUGCUGGAUGCCAUGUAUGCCUUGAUGUCUGGCCUCGGCCAUUCUCUGCUUCCACGCUCCUGGGACACCAAACCGCCACUAAAUAUCAGCGAUUCUGACCUUUAUCCUACCAUGACAACCAUCCAGCCCAAAGACAGCCCGACGGAUAUGAUAUUUUGUCUGAUAUGCUGCGAAAUUGCGAAAGUAUUGGUUGAUACGCCCGAACUUCACAACGUUAUCUUGCAGAACGAGGUGGGCUCCGAAACUCCGGAAAGAGAGAAGAUUGAAAAGGCGUCUAGGCGUAUCGAAGCGAUGGACAAAGACGCCUCGGAGCUUCUAAGCAAGUACUGCGAUGUCUCGAUGGGCCCGAUACAUGUACUAGCGACUGAGACCAAGCAUUUAAUGAUUGAGAAGCUACGCCAACUCAUUUGUCCUAUGAGGAGUCAACCGGAAUGGGGGACGGAGAUCCUGACGCCCCAAGAUAAUUUAUUUAAAAUAUCACUCACGUCCGGAGAACAGAACUUGAGGAUGUACCAGAUACCUCAGACCCAUGGUCAAUUUUCAUGGUUCAUGAUGUCUCAUUUUCAAAUAGAAAUAUUUUUGUAUAUGGUUGGGCAGCUAAGCUGGCGCACAUCAGGGCAGCUAGUAGAAAGAGCAUGGGCCUCCGUUGAAAUCAUAUACGGAUUCCAUACAGAACUCUACGACCUAUCGGUGAAGGCACAUGUAGCGGCCGCCUUGUGUACGAUCCGCGCUUGGAAGGCUAGAGAAAAGAUGCUACGAGAAACCACGAACUCGCCUCCCGAAACGCCAGGUUAUAUACGUAGGCUCCAAAGCCUCCUUCCACUAGACGAGAGUAAGAGCACACGCGUUGAUGAGUCGCCUGGCUUGAAUAGCCACAACGUUGGUCUACCAGGAAAUACUCAGCCCCCCGUGGAUGUGACGUGGGAUCAGAUGCUUGGAAUAGGAGUCAUCGACUGGGGCGAUAUGUUUGCGGUACCCAGUGGCGGACAGACACAGGGGGGUCAUGGAGGCUUUGGGACGGCGUUUGGGGGUGACUGGAUGUAGACUGGAUAUAGAGAGUAACUAUUCCCUAGACGUGGAAUUGCCGGGUUAGGAAUCGCUACUCAUCGUAUUGGAUGUUUGACGCCUACUGCUGUUCGAGCUUGGCUGUAAUCGACAUGGUUUUUAUUGGCCUCGCUGGAUCCCCAAUCAUUCGGAAUAGA